CCCGGCCGGGCCGGAGCCCACCGAAGUAGUCUCGUCGCGGUCAUGGUGCGAUUUGUCGAAGUCGCUCUGUACUUUGUGUAGUGUGUUAUUUGUAAUCUGUGACUAUUUCGUGACUGAUUCUGUCGAAGAUACUCAUUUACUACCAAAGUGUCUGGACAGCGACAAUCUUCGCAGUGAAAACUUUGUUUUACGUGUGCGUCACUACAUUCACACUACCAGCCAUUUCAAUGUAAAACAGCUUGGGAACAAUUUAAGAGAGUCUUUACUUCUCUGCUGAUGAUAAUGAAGUUGGUGACGGUAGUGAUGAUAUCCUCGGUGUAAUGAAGAUCGAUUAUAACUAGUCACUUUGCACCAUUGGCUAUAUGUGAGCUUAAAAAAAACAGAAUGCACCAUCUUACAGAUAGUUAUGGGCCUGGUCCUCAAGAAAGAGUACAUCAAUUGCAUAGAUCAAGUCUUAUUGAAAAAAUCCCAUAUGACACUUAUUUCACCCAAAUGCCAGACUGUUGCGCAAAUACAGAGAUGCUAGAUCCAUAUCCUAGACCAUCGAGUGGAUUCACUGCUUAUCCGGAUGAUAUCUACUCACAGGAUAUGACUUCAACCUUUCACUAUUCUCAAUCACGAAUGGGUUCCGAAGACCUUUCCAUCCGACCACAAUCACAAAUCGGCUGUGCCUCUGACUCCCGUUGUCCCAGCAGAGUUGGAUAUGAAGACACAUUGGGCAGCUAUAUCGAACAAACUGAUCCUAGAAUGUAUCGCACGACAGCAAACUGUAUAAAGGAUACGACGUCGGCAACGACCAAAGGAGUUUGCGGUGAAGAAGUUGAAUCGAAUAUGCAGAGACAUGUAGAAGGUUGCCCCUGCACUUGUAAUCAUAUGGGGUAUGGAAACUACAUGGACUAUCAGAGAACGUGCCUCACAGAACUACCAGAUGUAACGCCAUCCAGCGCCAUCAUACGCCUUCCACCACCGUGUAUGGACUCGCCAAGCAGUGGUAGCAGCAAAGAUCGGCGCGAACGAAAUCCUAGAAAACGCUGCCGCGUUUUGGCACCCGUUUUCUUACUUGUCUCUUUACUUCUCCUUGGAGGGCUAUGCUUACCUCUUCUACUUCAAACUGCUCCUAUAACUCAUCAACAAAGAUUAGAUGUAAUCAGAAGGAUAUUAACGGAAAUACCUCUCAUUGAUGGGCAUAACGACUUGCCGUGGAAUGUUCGAAAAUUUGUACAUAAUCAACUUGGAGAAGUCAACCUCAGCAGCGACUUAGGUCGUGUCGACCCAUGGGCCAGAUCAGAUUGGAGUCACACGGAUAUUCCAAGAUUACGUGCUGGUCUAGUUGGAGCCCAGUUCUGGUCCGCCUACGUACCGUGUGGAGCUGCACAACUGAAUGCCGUUCAAUUGUCUUUGGAGCAAAUUGAUGUCAUACGGAGAUUGGCAGAAAUGAAUGCGCACCAUCUAACCUUAGUGACGUCCGUAAAGGGUCUAUUGGAGGCUCAUAGAGACGGCAAGAUCGCUAGUCUCAUCGGCGUAGAAGGUGGACAUGCUCUCGGAAAUUCUCUCGGAGUCUUACGGACAUUUUACGGGCUUGGAGCUAGAUACCUCACCUUGACACAUGCUUGUGAUACGUCCUGGGCAAUCUGUUCUGUUGGGGAAGCGAACGAUACUCAAGAGAACGCUCCUGGACUAAGUGAAUUCGGAAAGGCUGUUGUGAAAGAACUGAACAGACUAGGGAUGCUGGUUGAUUUGUCUCAUGUCUCGACGAAAACCAUGAAAGCUGCAUUACAAACGACCAGAGCUCCAGUGAUAUUUUCUCACAGCGCAGCAAGGGCCCUAUGCAACUCAACCAGAAAUGUGCCUGACGACGUCCUUCGGAGUUUGGCGGCAAAUGAUGGCAUUGUGAUGAUUCCCUUCUACACAUACUUCAUUACAUGCAACAGUACAGCUACCAUACGUGACGUCAUUGCCCACAUAAAUCACAUACGAGGUGUCGCGGGCGUCAAUCAUGUGGGAAUCGGAGCAGGAUUUGACGGCAUCAAUUUUACGCCGACGGGCUUGGAAGAUGUGUCAAAGUAUCCCCAACUCUUAGCAGCGUUACUGGAAGAUUCUUCAUGGACAGAAGAUGAUGUCAAAAAGUUAGCAGGUCUCAACCUACUGAGGGUUUUCAAGAAAGUGGAACAGGUCAGGGACGAAUGGCAGAAAGCAGCUAUACUCCCGGAGGAAAAAAUAAGUCUACUUGAAAACGCUGCCUGUACUUAUGGCGUUUCCUGAUCUUCCCUGCGAACUUUGAUCCCAGCAAUCAUCGAGUGGGCUAGAUCAAUCCGAAUUCAUCACAUCACCAAAAUUGUUGGACUACAAUCAUGAGUACAAGACAGUGUUUAUUCGUUACCUGAACUGAUUUUGUGCGAUGUGAAGGCAGAUACGAAUACGUUCGAAAUAAUUGUGAAUAAAAUCGACAAUGCCAAACUUUAUCGAACACUACGGAAGUUUUAUAGUUAUGUCAUUCAACAAAAUACAUCACCGAGUGUGAUAAAACUUAUUGUACAGAAAACUCAGCUGGAAAACGCAAUGUAAAAUACUUGUCAUGUAGUUUACAUGGUUUGAGAUUCACCUACUCAAAAUGCAGAAUUUCUGAAAACUUUGAGUGAUAUUGCGAAUAGGCGUUGUGUUAAAAAUGAAAGAACUACUCAAUUGAACUAUGUGAUGGAUUGAGCUUUCAUGUGGUCGACAUCUCAAUAAUUAUUCUCGUAUUGUUAAACAAUAAGAUGAAAUAUAUAUCACCCAUCUACAUGCACAGAGCGCGCGCGCGCGCACAUACACACACACUAAUGCACACAAACGCGCACGCACCUCACAUUAUAAAAUAUAGAUCUGUAAUUGUUUCUGCUUAUAUUGUUCUUCGCAACGAAACUUGUGGUUUAAUAAGAGUACUGUAGCAUAUGCAUUUUCAUGGUAAAAAUCAUUUGCAGAAUGAGAUUGCAUUACACAUGGAGUAAUACUCGUUGAACGUAUCGUACAAGUAAACACCUCUAUGCGUGCAAUCAUGUGUUCAUGCAAAAUCUGGGCAGCGCUGUACAGUGCUCUGAUUUCCUUCAGAGGCGCAUAAAUAGUCAUGUUUACUAAAUUUUAUCGAAUUUUAUGGCUUGGAUACGUUACAAUAGAGACUGGUUGGUGCAGGAAACGUAUGGAUUUUGCGGUGUAUGAAACUCAACGUUGAUGUUGUCCGAUUACGUGUACUAAUAAGCACAUUCACAAAUUGUUCGCAAUCAGCAUAACCUUAUCCAUACCUUACAACAAAUUUUGGACAUGCGAACAGAGCUCGAAGAAAAUGUGUGAAACCUGGUUUUAAGUGUACUUGGUGGAAUCGUAUUAAAUUUUACUGCAUACACCUCUUGAAUUACUGAAUAUGCAUGUACUAGGAUUCGGGUAUAAUAUUUAUAUUGCACAAAACGGUAUUUAUUUUCGGGCACAGUUACCCAUACGGUAUUACAAGAGCUCAUGUCCAACCUUUCCUUAAUUUUUACCGACGUGCCACCAUGGCCACGAUAUCUAUCGCCCAGAGUAAAGACAACCAAGGUUACACGUUGAUUGUUACGUUAUUGACAGCUUAGGUAAUGUGGGGAUCCGCUAACUCAAGUGCGCGCACAAUGCGAUGCAAGCGAGUAAAUGGGGAGAACAGCCCAUAAUGUUUUGUUGUAUAAACGUCGAUUGACGUAAUCUUAAAUACUAGGUGUGAGUGAGAAAAUCCAGAAACUGUGAAAAUGACGUAAUCAUCGUAACGCGAUGAAAAAGUAUUAACUAUGUUUUCCAAAACGCAUUACAGAAAUUAAAUUGAUUAAGUCUCCGUGUGAACAAUGGGACUUUUGAUGCACAGUCGAAAUUUCAUUUUCGAGUUUCGCUGACAUUGAUGAAGGGUGAGGUUCCGCUCUUUUCUUUCAAAAAUUUGGGUAGUAUUAAGCGUUGAUCUGUGACAAGGCGCUUGAGUCCUUUGAUCAUGAUGUGACCUUAGCGUACGCUCCGUUUUAUUCAUGCCAUUAAAACCCUAGUGUUCACACGGCGUUGGUGAUUUCGCAGGUGGAU